AAAGAACGAUAAUAUUUCAAUUAUUUAAAUUUAUUCUUUUAAGGAUUUUUAUGUGCUUAUAUUUGUACACAUAGCUCCGUAUAAUUUACACACACAGAAUCAAUCAAUUGAAAAGAAACCCUAAUGUACAUUGCAUUGCCUCUUCCAGAUAUUGCUGUUGGAAGCAGGACAAGCCGUUUUUCAUUCAUACAGGAUGACAUAUCCAAUGACGGUGUUUGCAAAUCCAUGGUGGAGCCACAAGGCUAUGCUUGUGAAGAACAUACUGUAACUACACAGGAUGAUUACAUUCUCAGCCUACAAAGAAUUCCACUGGGGAGGUCAGGUGGGACGGCUGGAAAUAGGCCACCAGUCCUGUUACAACACGGCCUAGUAUCGGACGGAGUAAUCUGGUUGUUGUUACCUCCAGAAAGUUCAUUGGCAUUCAGCUUAGCGGAUAAUGGAUAUGAAGUUUGGAUUGCUAACAGCCGCGGAACAAAAUACAGCAGCGGCCAUACAUCACUUACUCUCAAUGACUCAGCCUACUGGGAUUGGACGUGGGACGAAUUGGUAUCCUAUGAUCUUUCUGCCACAGUCCAAUAUGUCCACAGUCAAACAGGACAGAAGCUGCAUUAUGCUGGCCAUUCGCUGGGAACUUUGAUGGUUUUGUCUGCCUUAUCGAAGAAUCAGUUGGUGACCAUGUUGAGAUCAGCUGCCUUGCUCAGCCCAAUUGCUUACUUAGGUCAGAUCACUACUGCUCUUACAAAAAUUGCUGCUGACACGUACAUUGCAGAGGCAGUAAGAGGGUUGGGAAUUAAUGAAUUUGAUACUGGAGAUAAGGUUAUAAAUGGUUUUCUCAAACAAAUCUGCCAAAACCCUGGUGUUGAUUGUACCAACAUGUGGACGGCUUCAACAGGUCAGAACUGUUGCCUGAAUUCUUCCAUAAUAAAUGUUUAUCUUGAUCAUGAACCCCAACCUACCUCAACCAAGAACAUGAUCCAUUUGGCUCAGAUGAUACGAACCGGAACCAUAAAUAUGUAUGACUACAACAAGAAGGAAGAGAACGUAAAACAUUACGGGCAACCAACUCCACCGGCAUACAACAUGACGAACAUUCCACAGGACUUCCCUCUGUUCCUCGGUUAUGGAGGGGCAGAUGCCCUUGCUGAUGUCCAAGAUGUGAAGCGGUUGCUCAGCAUCCUCAAAGAUCACCAAGGAGACAAGCUUGUCCUUAAUUAUAGAGAUAAUUAUGCUCAUCUUGAUUUCGUCAUGUCUGAAAAUGCCAAGGAAGCAGUGUAUGAUUCUAUUAUUGCUUUCUUUAAGCUACAAUAAGUUGGGUUAUUUUCUUCUCUGCAGACACUGAUUCAUCUAAGGCUUCAAUAACUAUUUGAUUUUUCAUGUAAUUUUCCACACCGUUCCUGUAGAAGAAGAAAUAUGUUUCUGCUGAAUGGAAACUUGUCUUUCCUAAAUGAAAAUAAAUAAAGAAUAAAUUUCAAAAUUUCGG